CCUCCGUCCACCGAGCUCCCUAAACCCCCAUCACCAUACAACCCGGGCUGGCGCUUCCAAGCCCAAUCCUACGCACCUCCAGCUCCGACCCCAGUCGUGCUGAAGUGCUGCAUCAGCAGUAAGAAUGAGCGGAGGGAAAGGGCGCAACUUAGCCCUGUCGAGCGAUGUCUGAAGCGAACCCGGUUGCCGGGCAACGAGGGUGAUGACACGGUCAGCCUACAAGUCACCGGCACACUGAAGGCCGGCGAUGGCCACAACUCCCAGGCCUUGACGGUCGAGGUACUAGACUCAACAUCGCCAUCGCUGCCCCGCAAGGGCACAGGUUUCGUUGCCAAGAUCUACGACCCCCUUUACUUCGGUGACGACGACGGAUAUCUCGACCCGUUCCGCUGCAUGGACAAGUACUACACUCACGAGGCCAAUGCAUACCCGGCGCUGCGCGAAUUCCAGGGCCGCGAUAGCCCGACCUACCAUGGCUCCUACACCGUGAAUUUGGCGGUGGAUGACGACCGGAAGCCUCGCGUGGUGUUCGUGGACCUGGCUCAUGCCCUUUUCGAUCGCAGACGAGAUGACCCCGCGGCGUUGACGCUGAACUGUUUCCUUGGCGACUACAUCUCGCCUCCGCUGCGGUGGAACGAGGCCAAGUUCAAGGCGUCCCCCUUUGACGACUGGGUGGACUGGGAUUGGGAUCCCUGGCUCACGGCGGAGUUUGCCCACACAGCGACCAGUAUCACGCCGGAGAUGCGAGAACAGUGGGCGGACAUCUGA